CCUCCUCACUUUCCCAGGGUCCCACAAACCUCGUAGUUCAUCCUGGCUAAUGUGUGUGUGGGGAACCCUCACCCUGAGACAGGGCAUGGGCUACACAGGCCUUUCUGCAGGUGCCUCAGGAACCCUAUAUGGUGAAGGCUGGCAGGGAGGAGAACCAAAACUAACCUGACUUUCGUGUUGGUGUCCUGAAACCUCACUUCCUGUCUGGCCUUGGUCACAUCACUAAGUCUUUUUCCUUCAGCAGUGAAAGAGUUAACACGCCGCUGCCCCAGAGGGGCGGGACAUGGGGCAGCACACACACAAUACAGAUAUUGGCAUUUGAUGGUGAUGGUGAUAAGAUUAACUUCUAUUAAUAAGUGUAGAGGGCUUCGCGAGGAAGGCAUGAGUCAUGUUUGUCCUCUCCUCGCCUGUCAUCCUCCAACGGCCCCCUCUCACCCUGUAGACUCUGGCCCUCCCUAGGAAACAAGGACAGGCUCCAUGCCAAACUUGGAUGCGGAAGUUUCUCCAACCCGUGUCUCAGAGAUGAGAGCUCAGGAGGACUCCAGGAGCCCGACACAGGUGUUGGCGAAAGUGGGGAGCUGGGCAGGGACACGGCAGCAUGAAUCCCUGGCUUCGGCAGAGGCUUCCACCAGGGACCGGAAGACAUCCUUGCCCAUGGAGCCCAAGUUGGACAUGUUGUACAAGAUUGAGGAUGUGCCACCAUGGUACCUAUGCAUCCUGCUGGGCUUCCAGCAUUACCUGACGUGCUUCAGUGGCACCAUCGCUGUGCCCUUCCUUCUGGCUGAGGCGCUGUGUGUGGGCCGCGACCAGCACAUGGUCAGUCAGCUCAUCGGCACCAUCUUCGCCUGUGUGGGUAUCACCACUCUCAUCCAGACUACAGUGGGCAUCCGCCUCCAGUUUCUAUCCCUUUCUCUCAACCUACACCCCCACCUACCACCUACUCUGCCACCUUCCAGGCUGCCGCUGUUCCAGGCCAGCGCCCUUGCCUUUCUAGUUCCAGCCAGAGCUAUCCUGGCCUUGGACAGGUGGAAGUGUCCCCCAGAAGAGGAGAUCUAUGGUAACUGGAGUAUGCCCCUGGAUACCUCUCAUAUCUGGCACCCGCGGAUUCGAGAGGUCCAGGGUGCAAUCAUGGUGUCCAGUAUGAUAGAGGUGCUGAUUGGGCUGAUGGGGCUUCCUGGGGCCCUGCUCAGCUACAUUGGGCCUCUCACGGUCACCCCCACUGUCUCCCUCAUUGGUCUCUCUGUUUUCCAAGCUGCUGGUGACCGAGCUGGCUCCCACUGGGGCAUUUCAGCUUGUUCCAUUCUACUGAUCGUCCUGUUCUCCCAGUACUUACGCAACCUCACCUUCCUGCUACCUGUUUACCGAUGGGGCAAGGGUUUCACUUUCUUCCGCAUCCAGAUCUUUAAGAUGUUUCCGAUCGUGCUGGCCAUCAUGACCGUGUGGCUACUCUGCUAUGUGCUGACCCUGACUGAUGUGCUGCCUGCAGAUCCCACAGCCUACGGCUUCCAGGCACGAACUGAUGCCCGAGGUGACAUCAUGGCUAGCUCACCCUGGAUCCGCAUCCCCUAUCCAUGUCAGUGGGGCAUACCCACAGUGACUGUGGCUGCAGUCCUGGGAAUGUUUAGUGCCACACUGGCAGGCAUCAUUGAGUCCAUUGGUGAUUACUAUGCUUGUGCCCGGCUGGCUGGUGCACCGCCCCCUCCAGUACAUGCUAUCAACAGGGGAAUUUUCACUGAAGGCAUCUGCUGCAUUAUCGCUGGGCUACUGGGCACAGGCAACGGGUCUACCUCGUCCAGCCCCAAUAUUGGGGUCCUAGGGAUUACCAAGGUGGGGAGCCGUCGAGUUGUGCAGUAUGGUGCGUGCAUCAUGCUAGUCCUGGGUGCCAUCGGCAAGUUCACAGCCCUCUUUGCCUCUCUCCCAGACCCCAUUCUGGGAGGAAUGUUCUGUACCCUUUUUGGUAUGAUCACCGCCGUGGGUCUGUCCAAUCUGCAGUUUGUGGACAUGAACUCCUCCCGCAACCUCUUUGUACUGGGAUUCUCCAUGUUCUUUGGCCUCAUGCUACCCAAUUACCUGGAGUCCAACCCAGGUGCUAUCAACACAGGCAUUCCCGAAGUGGAUCAGAUCCUCACGGUGCUGCUGACCACGGAGAUGUUUGUUGGCGGGUGCCUUGCUUUCAUUCUGGACAACACAGUGCCAGGGAGCCCAGAGGAAAGAGGCCUGGUACAGUGGAAAGCUGGAGCCCAUGCCAACAGUGAGACGUCAGCCAGUCUGAAGAGCUAUGACUUCCCCUUUGGGAUGGGCACGGUAAAAAGGAGUGCCUUCCUCAGAUACAUUCCUAUCUGCCCAGUCUUCAGAGGGUUUGCUAACAAGUCAGAAAAUCAGACUCCAGUUCCAGAAGAUACUCCAAACAAUACAGAAACCGCAUCUGUGUGCACCAAGGUCUGAAACUAACUACGAAAAGAAAGUGCUCCAGUGGAUGAUGGCUGGUGUUGGUCCUGUGCCAGACGUCACACACGUAUGGCUAUGAUGCAGUGGAUCCUCAGAAGACACAGCCUCCCUCAAGUCCUAUUUCCUCAAGUUCACCUCUGCUGGGAGAACCCAGUGUUCCUAACAUGAUAA